AGUUGUUUGUUGAGUUUCCAUAUAUACAUUUCAUUUUCAAUUUUUUUAUUUUAACAACUUCAACCCGGCUGCUAAGAGGAUUGCUCCCUCGAUAGCGUGGUUAGAGGAGUGAUCUUAACGUUACAGUGAAUAAUAAUUCUUUAUGUAUGCAGCCACAAACACCAGCUCUCGUACCCGACGUAGCUGUUAGCUAGCUAGCUGGCGUAACCUGCUUGAGAGCUGUUCUCAGCUCGUUUAAAUUGUGGAUAGAUUGACGGACGGUGUUUGCUUUCGGUCACUGUGCAAUAAUAUCUCUAGAAUAUGGACGCCAGACUCAAGCUGACAAAGGACAUGAAACUUCAAAGGCCUGAAGUGAAGUCAAGCAGUGAAGGACCAAAGCGGAUUCCUGUGUUACACCAGUCACAGAUGACUCAGAUGGCUGUAGUUACACCAACUCAGCAUCAGCGGGUCCUGGGUGUGUCAAAUGGACCUCAGCGCAUUCAGCGACCUGUGAGCCAUCAGAAGCCAGUAUCUCAUGUCUCUGUUGCCAUUAAGUCCACACAACCCUCUGAUCAGAAUGUGAACCCUGCUACUCAGAAUGUAAACCCUGCACCUCAGCCCAAACCUGGUUACCAGCAAAUCCAGCCAAAGACACACGUGGCUAAGGUGAACUCUGAGAACACCAAACCACCAUCAGAAUUGGCAAAGUUUGAGAAGCCACAGAACAAACCUGCCAAGAAUGAUUCUGCAGCCACCUCUUCAUCCAAGAAGCGAUGGAGCCUGGAAAAUUUUGACAUUGGUCGACCCUUGGGAAAAGGCAAAUUUGGCAAUGUCUACCUGGCCAGAGAGCGACAAAGUAAGUUCAUCUUGGCCCUGAAGGUGCUCUUCAAGAAGCAGCUGGAGAAGGCCGGAGUGGAACACCAGCUGAGGAGAGAAGUAGAGAUCCAGUCUCACCUCAGGCACCCCAAUAUCUUGCGUCUCUAUGGCUACUUCCAUGACGCGUCUCGUGUGUAUCUCAUCCUUGAGUUUGCACCCAAGGGAGAACUAUACAGUGAGCUGCAGCGGUGUGGAAAUUUUACUGAGGACAGAAGUGCCACGUAUAUCAUGGAGCUGGCAGAUGCCCUCAACUAUUGCCACUCCAAGAAGGUGAUCCACAGGGACAUCAAACCAGAGAACCUGUUGCUUGGAGCCAACGGGGAGCUGAAGAUUGCAGAUUUUGGCUGGUCUGUUCACACGCCCUCCUCCAGGAGGUCCACUUUGUGUGGUACAUUGGACUACUUGCCUCCAGAGAUGAUUGAGGGGAAAACGCAUGAUGAAAAAGUGGACCUGUGGAGCCUGGGUGUCCUCUGCUAUGAGUUCCUGGUUGGAAAACCCCCCUUUGAAGCAAAAACUCAUGAGGACACCUACCGGAGGAUAUCAAGGGUGGAGUACACUUACCCUGCACAGGCCAAUAUCAGUGCUGGAGCCAAAGACUUGGUUGCCCAGCUGUUAAAGCACAAUCCCAUGCACAGACUGCCCAUCCAAGGAGUCCUGUCUCACCCCUGGGUGGUCGAGUACUCGACCAAGAAGCCCACAACCCUGAACAACGAAGAGCCCAGCCAAUGAGCCUCGUUAUAUUGGAGUAUUGGGGUCACUGACUGGCUGCUGUGGAACGUGAAUGCCAGUGUGCAACUGAUUAUUUAAAUCUGCUUGUACUACUAUACUGACCACCCAACCACUUCAUGUGGAUGUUCUAAUCUGCAGGUAUUUUGAGCCACUUGGUUAUUUUUAUCUACUUCUUCUUAUCCUUUUGACUUCCCUUGUCUUACAAUGGCAUUCUAUUGCCUGUAAAUAUUUCACUGUUUUUGUGUAAUUAUGAAAAUUUUAUUAAGGUUUUUUUAAAAUGCCAUUACUUGGAUCGGACCACACUCAUCCUUGAACUCAGCCUUCAUUUUUAUCUCAACUACACACCUGUAAAAGUUUCCUGACUGUAUCUCACAUGGUUGUAAUGCUAUCACGGUGACAAGUCAGACAUAUGUAUAAACACCUAGCAAAGUACACACACACACACACACACACACUCACAAGGUGAGAAAACAAUACCCAUGUGUGUGAUAAACAGCCAUUUAUGGUACAGCCAAGAAGUUUCACAGGUGUGUAGUUGACAUCAAAAUUAAGACAGAGGUCAAAGAUGGGUGUGUUCCGACCCAUGAGUACUGAGUACUCAUGUAAUAAUGUAGUAAUGACUACUCAGUACUCAUGGGUCUGAAUGUUGACAUGUGUGGUCUUAAGUUCGUCUUGCGUGCAUUUCAAGCUUCCAGUUAAUUGUCAAGUACUUGGUAAAAAGUUUUGCACUGAAUGUCUGGUGUGAGAUACCUGAUUGCCAUCAAUACUCACAUCAACUCCAAAGUACUGUGUUUUAUCAAGCUCAGUGAAAUGCGGCCAGCAGAAGGCGCCAGUAUACUAUCAUUGAAUUUAGGACGUUACAGAUUUGAGAGUAUUAAUGUCGAUGUUUAUAAAUGUUAAUUGAUAAAUAAAUAUGUUCAGCACA